AUGACUUUGGCUGUCGAUCUCCUUAACCCCUCCGUUGAGCACGAGAAGCGCUCCCACAAGCUCAAGAGACUCGUACAGUCCCCCAACUCUUACUUCAUGGAUGUCAAGUGCCCCGGUUGUCUCAACAUCAGCACUGUCUUCUCCCAUGCCCAGACUGUUGUCUUGUGCUCCUCCUGCGGAACCGUCUUGUGCCAGCCCACUGGUGGUAAAGCUCGUUUGACCGAGGGUUCUUCUUUCCGCAGAAAGAACAACUAAUUUUUUUUUUCUUUAAAGAAAAACCAUCAAAUUUUUUUUAAGAAGAUCAAAAAAAAAAGUGAAAAAAUUCAACAAAAAAAUCAAAAAUGGCCACUACAUAAUUUUGUGUGAUUGACCAGGGCUUGUGAUAUAUAUACAUUCU